AUGAACAUCUUCCAAUUUCUACUUCUAGGCUGUGUAUUUGCAUCCGGCACGUCUGCGGAUGUCUACAGUCUUGUAUCUAGCAUUUCUUGGGUUCCUAAAACGCCAGCACUCGUCGAUCAGAGUACAAUCUUCAAUGGCACUUACUAUCUGUCCGACCGUUCAAAUGCUGGUGUCCAUGUGAUUUCCCUCUCCAACAAUACUCAGCGCAUGAUCAUCGGUGGCUUCCACACCGGUCUCGUCAAUGGUUCAGCCUCAUCUGAUCUAUCCGGCCCGAAUGGCCUUAUUGUCCUUCCCAAUCGCAACGAACUUUAUGUUGGUGACGGAGAUGGCAGCAUUAAAGUCAUCUCACUCCUUACAAACACCAUCAUCGCCAACAUUAGCACGGGUUUCCAAACUCGUGCAGACGAGCUGGCUUACGAUCCCAUCAGCCAAACAGUCGUCGCAACAAACCCCAGCGAGCCUACUGUCUCAGUCAGCAUCAUCAACGCAACCAGUCGAUUUGUAAUCGGCAACAUUUCCUUCCCAGUGGCCUUAGCACUUGAACAGCCAGCUUUUAAUCCCUUUGAUUCAAAGUUCUAUGUUUCGGUUCCGAUAUCGAACUCAAAUCUAGGCGGCGCCCUAGCAGUCCUCAACCUCACUUCCCUCUCUGUUGUAAGCACGAUCCCCGUCCCGGAGUGCCGUAAUGCGGGAAUUGCCUUUGGUGCAUCCAAUCAGCUCUUUCUAGGCUGCUCUGCGUCGCAAUUGGACGCUUUUGGCUUCGCUGCGAGCUAUGUGAUGGACGUAUCGACGGGCACUAUUGUGUCUAAUAUUUCAGGCGUAACGGGAAAUGACCAAGUGACAUACUCGAGCUCUACAGGCUGGUUCUAUGCUGCUGCCUUCCAGGAUGUUCUUGCGAAUGGAACGGCGACACCAAGAGUGGCAGUUAUCGCGAGCAAUGGGACGUUGCUGCAGAGCAUUAUGACAGAUGAUAGUGUUGCGCAUACCGUUGCCGUAGAUGAGCAAACGGGGACGUUGGUGGUGCCGGUUCAGGCACGAGGAAUUUUAGUUUAUAGCUUGGCAGGGAUUAGGAAAAAUACUGGCAGCAGUACCGCGUCUGGAAUAUCUGCGACGGAAAUUGCGAAAAGCGACGCCCCCAAAAGGUCGGUUAAUGUAAUGCUUCUGGUCGGGGCAGGAAUAGCAUGGUUUGAUCUGCUACUCUAA